CACACACACACACUUUUCCCCUGAACAUACUGAAAGUACCCCCCUCAGCCAUUUAUCCCCCUCAACUGCCUUCCUCGCUGUGAUUGAGGCUGCUGUCGACAGAGGUCUUUCAUUCAGCCUGAUCCUCAAGCCGAUUGUAACCAGGCCCUGGCCUAACACACACUAAGCUGACACUACUUCACCAAGAGGUACCCCGUACCCUGCCUAAGCCAACCCAGAGUCCCUAUACCCAACCGCAGCCAAACCAGUAGCCCUAUAUCCAAUAGCCAACCCAGGGAUUCCGUAUAACAAACUUCAGCCUACCCAGAGUCCUUGUACCAAACCUCAACCUACCUAGAGUCCCUGUACCCAACUUCAACCAGCCCAGACUGCCAGGAUGAAGCUGAAGAAGCAGGUGACCGUGUGUGGGGGAGCCAUCUUCUGUGUGGCCGUCUUCUCCCUCUACCUGAUGCUGGACAAGGUGCAACACGACCCCACCAGACGGCAGAAUACAGGCGGCAACUUCCCCAGGAGUCAGAUCUCGGUGCUGCAGAACCGCAUUGAGCAGCUGGAGCAGCUGCUGGAGGAGAACCACCAGAUCAUCAGUCACAUCAAGGACUCAGUGCUGGAGCUGACCGACACGGGCGCCAUCUCGCCCAGUGGCCACCUGCCCUUCCGCAGCAACAACGGCUCCUGGGUCAUGCCCUUCGAUGGCCGGCCCGCCUACCUCUCGCUGCGCCCGCGCGACUGCCAAUUCUCGCAGAUGCGCCGCGGGCCCACCGAGCUGCAGAUGCUGGAUGUGUACUCGCUGCUGAACUUCGACAAUGUGGACGGGGGCGUGUGGAAGCAGGGCUUCGACAUCACCUACGACCCCAACGAGUGGGAUGAGGAGCCCCUGCAGGUGUUUGUGGUGCCCCACUCCCAUAACGACCCAGGCUGGAUCAAGACGUUUGAUAAAUACUACAGCGACCAGACGCAGCACAUCUUUAACAACAUGCUCAUCAAGCUGGCCGAGGACCCGCGCCGCAAGUUCAUCUGGUCGGAGAUCUCCUUCUUCGCCAAGUGGUGGGAGAGCGCCAGCGCCGACAAGCAGGAGGCCAUGCGCAAGUUAAUCCAGACUGGGCAGCUGGAGAUUGUGUCCGGUGGCUGGGUGAUGCCGGACGAGGCCAACACACACUAUUUCUCCAUGAUCGACCAGCUCAUCGAGGGACAUCAGUGGCUGGACAGGAACCUGGGCAUCGUCCCUCACUCGGGCUGGGCGAUAGACCCGUUUGGCCACAGUGCCACCAUGCCGUACGUGCUGCGCCGCGCCAACCUGACCAACAUGCUCAUCCAGAGGGUUCAUUACUCCAUCAAGAAGCACUUUGCUGCCAGCCACAGCCUGGAGUUCAUGUGGAGGCAGGCCUGGGACCCCGGGUCGGGCACGGAUAUUUUCUGCCACAUGAUGCCCUUCUACAGCUACGACGUGCCCCACACCUGCGGCCCCGACCCCAAGAUCUGCUGCCAGUUUGACUUCAAACGCCUGCCGGGCAGCCGCGUCAACUGCCCCUGGAAGGUGCCACCCAAGCCCAUCGUAGACAACAACGUGGCCGAGAGGGCUACGACUCUUCUGGACCAAUACCGUAAGAAGUCCAAGCUGUUCCGCAGCAAGGUGCUGCUGGUGCCGCUGGGGGAUGACUUCCGCUACGACAAGGCCCUGGAGUGGGACCAGCAGUACAGCAACUACCAGAAGCUCUUUGACUACAUGAACUCCCACCCAGAGAUGCACGUCCAGGCCCAAUUCGGAACGUUGUCCGACUACUUCAACGCGGUGUACAAGGCUAACGACGUGCAGCCUGGCAUGCGACCGCCUGACUACCCCGUGCUGAGCGGAGACUUCUUUGCGUACGCCGACCGCGAGGACCACUACUGGAGCGGCUACUACACCUCGCGGCCCUUCUACAAGAACCUGGACCGCGUGCUGGAGUCCCACCUCAGGGCUGCGGAGAUCCUGUACAGCCUGGCACUGUCCCACGCGCGCCACUCUGCCAUGGAGAGCCGCUACCCGGUGUCGGACUACGCCCUGCUGACGGACGCCCGUCGCAACGUGGGCCUCUUCCAGCACCACGACGCCAUCACCGGCACCGCCAAGGAGGCCGUCGUCAUCGACUACGGAAACAGGCUACUGAGAGCCCUGGUUGGCCUGAAGCGAGUGAUCAUUAACGCGGCUCACUUCCUGGUCAUGAAGAACAGGGAUGUCUACCGCUUCUACCAGUCUGAGCCCUUCCUGGAGACGGAUGAGCGGCGAGCUACCCAGGACUCUCUGCCUCAGCGCACUCUGAUUGAGCUGGACCCCAACGCCCCCAGGUACCUGGUGGUCUUUAACCCGGUGGAGCAGGACCGUCUGUGUGUGGUGACGGCGCUGGUGAGCUCCCCUCAGGUGCGCGUGCUGACGGAGGAUGGCCAGACCCUACCCGUGCAGCUCAGCGCCCAGUGGAGCUCCCCAACGCAGAUCAACGCAGAUGUCUACCAGGUGUCCUUCAUGGCUCGGCUGCCUGCCCUGGGCCUGGCCGUGUACCACCUGUACGAGAGCAGUGAGUCCCCCAUGACCAUGCGCAGCGAGACGGUCAUGCGCCUGGCUCCCGGCUCCAGUGCCGUCAGGGGCCUGGACCCGCUGCCCCUCCGCAUGCAGACGGCUGAUGCACAACCCUUCUUUGUCCACAGCCAGUACCUGACGCUUGGCUUCUCUGGCACCACGGGCCUGCUGGAGACCAUCCGGCGGAAGGACGAGUCCCAGGAGAUGAAGGUGCAGUUCCAAUUUGUCACCUACGGCACGCGGUCCUCCAAGGACAAGAGUGGCGCGUACCUCUUUCUGCCCGACGGCAGGGCCAAGCCCUACACCCAGAGGGAGCCCCCCGUGGUGCGCGUGGUGGAGGGUCCGCUCUUCUCGGAGGUGGUGGCGCACUACCAGCACUUCCAGCAGAGCGUCACCGUCCACAACGUGCCCGGCGUGGACGGCCUGUCCCUGGACAUCAGCGUCAUGGUGGACAUCCGCGACCAGGCCAACAAGGAGCUGGCCAUGCGCGUGGUCACCGACAUCCAGAGCGAGGACACCUUCUACACAGACCUCAAUGGCUUCCAGAUCCAACCCAGGCGGUACUUCCACAAGCUGCCGCUGCAGGCCAACUUCUACCCAAUGCCCACCAUGGCCUACAUCCAGGACAGCCAGCAGCGGCUCACACUGCACACAGCACAGGCCCUGGGGGUGACCAGUCUGGACAGCGGUCAGCUGGAGGUGAUCCUGGACCGGCGUCUGAUGCAGGAUGACAACCGUGGUCUGGGCCAGGGCCUGAAGGACAACAAGAGGAGCCUCAACCGCUUCCGCCUGCUGCUGGAGAGGAGGCCUGGUGGCAGCCGGGCCAUGGACAGUGAGCCGCUGAGCUUCCCUUCGGUGGUGAGCCACAUGACGUCGUCCAUCCUGAGCCACGAGGUGUUGGCGUUGCCCGUGGUGGCCAAGCACGGCGUGCCCCCGCUGCGCACCUUUGCGCCCCUCACCGCUCCGCUGCCCUGCGACUUCCACCUGCUCAACCUGCGCACCAUCCACAGCAAGGAGGAUGCCCAGAGCCCCUCCCCCUACACGGCUCUGCUGCUGCACCGUAAGGCCGUGGACUGCAGGCUGGAGGCCCAGAAUCUUGGCUUCAACUGCACCACCACACACGGACAGGUGUCUGUCUCCAGUCUAUUCCGGGGUCUGGACCUGCAGCUGCUGCAGCCCACGUCUCUGUCGCUGCUGUACGGGGGCGCGCCGCUGGCCAACGACUCCUCCGUCACCCUGGAGCCCAUGGAGAUCUCUACCUACAAGCUCAAGCUGCGCUAGCCACUAUGCCACAUAAACACGCACACUUGGACCCCACCUCUGAAGUGGAGUCAGGGAUGGGGCCUUUCAUGUGAUGGAGAGAGGUGGGCUUACCUUUUGGGGGAGCCCUUUUUGGCCUCUCGGGUUCCCAUGGCUCGAUUUCAUCAUGGACUUCAGAGCGCUCUCUCUUCUGAGCUCCAGUGUUCAGCCAGACCACCUAGGCUUCUCCCCUUCCCCUUAUUCAAGACACUCACCAAGACAGUAAUAUGAAGCUCACUGGGUAAGUGUGAAGAAUAAUCUGGAACACUUAAGGAUGGAUUGUAAAGUGACGCACAUUUAAAAAAAAAAAACACCAUUUGGACCUGACGCAAGGUUGAAGUCGCUGUGGUGGUGUUAUGUCAUCUAUGCCAGGUCCAGUCUUCGUCCCAUGAUGCCAUCUCCAUGAUGCAAGACACAGCAAUGUAAAUAGUGUAACAUACAGACUCCUGGGAUUGGGAGCAAUGGGUGGUGGUGGGAUUUAGGAUUUAAGGGUUUGGGGAUUGGGCUUAGGUAAUUUUAGACCUUCAGUGCAAUUUCUCUGAAUCUCUCUCUCUCUCUCUCUCUCUCUCUCUCUCUCUCUCUCUCUCUCUCUCUCUCUCUCUCUCUCUCUCGGUUUUCUACUCUCUUGGCCACGUUAACUGUGUGAGAGACUCGAUACCCAUGACAUGAGCUUUGUGCAAUGUUCACCUUUGGAUGCCAGUGGAUUAAAAUGAAUUGUGUGUGUGUGAUGGGGGGGGGGGGAGUGAUGUAAGAACUCGAGGUGUCUUCCCUCCACGCUCCCUUAAAUGAGAUGGGGUGUGGAGGCGGAGUUAAGUAGUGUAGAGUGGCUUCCCAAAACAACAACGACUAGGACCACCAGGCUCCUCCUCACCAGGGAUUUCCCAUAUUCUCCCUUCUCUCUCCAUAAAACUAGAUUGAAUGAGAGGGUGGGGUUCACACACACACACACACACACAACCUUGAUGGCUCCCUCCACGCUCUGUUAAAUGAUGGAGAAUGAGAUGUUGUGGUUGGGUAGUGUCGAGUGACUUCCCAACAGAAGAACGACCAGGACCACUAGACUUCUCCUCACCAGGGAUUCUAUUCUAGACCCCAUCUUCUCCCCCCUCCCUCCCCACUCACUAUGGAAUAGGACAAGAUGGAGUUUUUCGCUACAGAAUCUCCAUUUAGGAUUUCAAUGCCUUGUUCCCAAACUUGGUGUUCUCUGUUCAAGAUGGAGCUUGUGUCUACAGUAUGCCCAUUUAGGACACUUAGAAACAGACGUUAAUGCCUCGUCGUUCCCCACCUCAACCAGGUGUUCUGUGGGCACCGAAGGACAGGUGACACAUGGGUCGAGGUCAUUGUAGAUGGAACUGCCCAUCUUCUUCUGUACGUAGACUUUUUUGUGGAUCUUAAUGAACUAUCUAUGUCAUCGAGAUCUUCACCAAGGACCCAUGAAGUUCUGACUUCUAACAUUGUACGAGUAAAAGCUGCCCUUUUAUCGAUGAGUGUUUGCGACCUCGUCGUACAGUUGGACUGUAGAGGCCAAAGCACUCGUUCAUCCGUUUUGUUCCGUUUUUUUUUUUUUUUUCUUGCAAGCCUGGAAUAGUGUUGUGUACCAUGCUGUAUGCAGUAGAAGGUGUUGUGUCAUCAUUUAACACAGAGGAACACUUUAUCAGCAAGUAGCUGAACUGAGUCUUUGUCAUCACAGCCUGUCUUUGCCGUUAUUUGGUACUUCUGUGAAGGCUGACAUGGAGGUGUGUGUGUCUGUCUGUCUGUCAGUGUCGUGUGUGUGUGUGUGCGUG